UUUCUGAUAACAGAGAUUUGCAACGCGUUGCAAUCUCAAAUUACAUUCGUCAUUCGGUGUUUAUAGAAAAGCGAUACUUGUGAAAAUCAGUGAAGAAAAAGAUGCGCGUGGCAAUUGUGGGUGCUGGUGUAAUAGGAGUAACGAGCGCAUUGGCGGUGAAAAAUGCUUUUCCGAGCUACGACGUGAAGAUCUUUGCCGACGCAUUCUCGCCUGAUACUACUGGUGAUGGAAGUGCCGGGCUAUGGAGUCCUUACCUUCUUGGCGAUACACCUAUCGACAAUAUAACUCGAUGGGCUAGCUGCACGCAUCAAUGGUUCGAACAAUUGUGGAAAGCUGGAUUAUCAUCGAAAACGGGUGUUUCUUUGAUACCUGUAACUCGUGUCACUAGCGAUUGCGAGGACGACAUUAAUAAACAAUGGACAAAACUUGUUUACGGCUUCCAGAAAAUUACUGACGAAAAAUUACAACGCUUGAAUGAAGAACAUAAGUCUAAUUAUAAACAAGCUUGGCAUUUCAUAACUUACACCGCCGAGCCGUUUCUGUUACUGCCGUGGCUCAUGGAAAGAUUCAUCGCUUUGGGUGGAAAAGUGGAAAAAAGAAACAUUAAAACGUUGCACGAAUUAGCCGAGGAAGGAUACGAUUUAAUAAUAAAUUGCAGCGGACUUGGUGCACGAGAGCUUGUCGCGGAUAAAACGGUGACAUCUAUCAGAGGUCAGGUGUAUAGGGUAAAAGCACCUUGGGCAAUGCACUGUUUUCUAGUGGAUGACGAUUCUUGCAAUUAUAUUAUUCCUAAUGUCAACAAUGUUGUACUGGGCGGUACGCAUCAAGAAGAUGAUUUCGACUGUUCUGUAAGGGAAGAAGAUUCUAAAAGUAUUUAUGACGGAUGUUGUCGCAUGAUGCCAUCUCUAAAAGCCUGUAAAAUAAUUCGCGCAUGGGUGGGCCUUCGACCAGGACGACCGCGAGUUCGUCUGGAAUGUGAAACCCUCAGCUCGCCUACGGGAAAAGAAAUUAAGGUGAUACAUAAUUACGGCCACGGCGGAAGUGGCGUGACGCUGUGCUGGGGGUGUGCCACAGACGUUGUGGAAAUGAUAAGAAACUUGAAAGUACAAGAAUUAAACUCCAAACUGUAACUCUCCAAGGAGACAGAACAAACUUUUUUAUUCAUACACAUUUUUACUCGCACACGAUCGCGACACUCAACCUUGCUCAAUUUUUUCUUCUCAUACAUAAUUUCAAGGAUUGUAUUAUUAAAAAUAUUAUUCUCAUCAUUUUUUAUUUAAUUUUUUUAGAAACAAGAUUUUAAUGGAUAACUUGAUCAGAUUUAAAUGAAUCUUUAUAAUCUUAUAAUUUUCUAUAUAUUGAAUUCGAUGAAUAAAUAUUACUACCUUCUAUCUA